CCCGGUUGUUUGUUGGGAAUAGAUAGGAAAAAUCAAAAACUUGAAGAAAGCAUUGAAAAAAAAUUGAAAAAUAAGUUGGAAAGAAAAAAAAGAGUAUAUGAAGACAUGGAAAUUUCAGAACGAGUUGUUAAUAGUGAGACUCUUGUUUUUUCAUCUGCAAGUAGUGAUUCUGAUGAAAUAGAAGAACACAAUUUUAACACAAUAUCAGAGGAAGAGGUUAUAGAACAACCAAAUUUAUUUCAAUUAAGAGGUAAAACUAAUUUUAUAACUGAUAAAAUGGCUGCAGCUCUUGAUAGGUGUAAGAUAAGCGAUCGAGAUGCGGUUCAUAUAUUAUUAACUGUAGAAUCAUUCGGUAUUAAUAUAAAUGAAUUAAUAAUAAAUCGGACAUCAGUAAAUUCUAUUCGACAACGUUUUCGUAAAAAUAGAAUAGAAGCACUUCGAGUUAAUUUCAACCCAUCUCAAAUAGGUCCAUGUGUUGUUCAUUGGGAUGGUAAACUUCUUCCCUCAUUAUCCGAAAAAAAAUUGGUUGACCGCCUACCAAUAAUUGUAUCAUAUAAAGGCAUAGAGCAGUUGCUUGGUGUACCAGAACUUAUAUCUGGCACGGGGGAAAAUCAAGCAACAGCAGUGUAUCAGGCUCUUGAAAAUUGGGGUUUAAUCGAUAACGUACAAGCAUUAUGUUGUGAUACAACUGCAUCUAAUACCGGUCGACUAAAAGGUGCUUGUACCUAUAUUACUAGAACAAAAGUUAGAACGUGAAAUUCUUUUUUUACCGUGCAGACACCAUAUACUUGAAGUUGUAUUAAGAAGUGCUUUUGAAAUAAAGAUUGAUAUUGCAUCUGCCCCAGAUGUACCGAUUUUUAAACGUUUUCAAAAAUGUUGGCCUAACAUUAAUGUUAAAAACUUUCAUAUUGGAUUGGAAGAUACUUUUGUUUUUCAAUCAUUACAACAUUUAAAGGAAGAACUUUCAAUAUUUUGUAUAAAUCAAUUAAAACAAUAUCAACCCCGAGAUGACUAUAAGGAGCUGCUAGAAUUAACUAUUAUAUUUCUUGGUCAAACACCUCCAAAUGGUAUAUUUUUCAAAGUUCCUGGACCAAUACAUCACGCUCGAUGAAUGUCAAAAGCUAUUUAUUCUAUAAAAAUAUUUUUAUUUCGUAAU